UAUGUUUCGGUUUUCUCUUACGUUUAUACUUUUUUUAGUGAUUGUUAGUACCAGUUUUACUUCUGUUAUGUGUUAUAACAGCGGUAACAUUUAUUUAACUAUCUCAGCUUACAAAAAAAAUCUUGUACUUAAUUGGGACUUCACAAACGACUUAAUUCCAGAUACAUUACUUUUAAUUAAUACUGCAGCCCAAGUAACCCUACAACAAGUUUUAGUGGACAGACCACGAGGACAUUUAGAAACCAAUCAUGGCUUUGAAAUUAGUACGUAUUUCCCUGGAAACUGGGACAGACUAAACGAUUAUCCAGAAUCAGGUGCCCACUGUUUUCACUAUUCUAUUCAGGCUCUCAAAAAUAAUGCAACUGUCGAUGCCCAGUGUCUUAAAAUUGAACCAACUCGGAUGGAAAAGUUUGGAGAUUUACAAUUGGCAAAUAUGAUGCUUCCCGGAACUCAUGAUUCUGGAGCUUUUAUCACAAAAUCAAUAACUAGGUUCUUUAAGAGAUUCGUUUUAACUCAAAACACUGAUAUUUGGACGCAACUGGUUUUUGGUAUAAGAUAUUUAGAUUUGCGAGUAGGCAUCUAUAACGACGAAUUUUAUCUCUACCAUGGAAUUGCGAGGUGCGCAAAACUGGAACCAGAAUUGAGAAGUGUUUUAAGUUUUUUAGAAAAAGCUAAGCAAGAAGUUGUAAUAUUGGAUUUUCACGAAUUUUCAGAACCUUUCUCCCAUCAGCUACACAAAAGGUUACAGAGCCAGUUACAAAGUAUAUUAGGACAUUACAUAUUAUCUAAUCCUUUAUCGAUUUAUGCAAAUAAAUUGACUUUAAAGCAAAUAUGGAACAUGAAUAAAAGGGUAAUUGUCAACUAUAACGAUAGAACGCAGGUAUCAGAAACUCCUUGGUUGAUGGCAGGUCUCAGACGUGAUUGGGGAAACUUACAAAAACCUGACCAACUAAUAGACUAUAUUAAAUAUUUGACCAGUAGGCCAAGAGAUGGUCUAAUACAUAUUCUUUGUGCAGAAUUAACAUUAACAACAAAUGAUAUUUUAAAAGACUUCACAGCUUCAUUGAAGAAAUUGGCAGAUGAAGUAAAUCCUGAACUUUCUCCAUUAUUAAGAGAAUCUAAUCGAUCGCAUCGUUUUGGCAUCGUGGCAACUGAUUUUCAUUUGGGAAAUGAUAUAGUAAAUGUCGCUAUUGAAACAAAUAUUAGAAAGGUUAAUGCACAUAGUUAUUACUAAUUUAACUUACUUCAAAUUCAGUAUGAUUUUAAUUUAUUUAUUUGUAAUUGAUUUGGAUAUUUGUGUAUUUUAAUAAAUUAAUAUAUUUUAAGUAUUGCAUGAGAACUGUUUUAAAGCGGUUUCCAUUAAAUGAAUUAUAUAAAAUUGGAGAUAACCUUUUGCAUACAUCUAUAUUUAGCACUACUACAUUAGUAGUUACUUUUAAUAUUCAAAUAUUUAUAAUCCUUAUAUGUAUUUAUGCCUGAGAUAAAAUGAACUUGUAUAUGUUUGUCAUUUUACAUUUUAUAUAUUUAUUAACAAGUGUGGAAAGUAUAAGAUCAUGUGAGUAAAUAUGUUCAAUGUCUUUAGUUUAGAUAUACAAAUAUAAUUAAAUGACACCAAAAAAUUUCGUAGAAAUAAGAUCUCACAAUACUAAUAAUACCAUCACAACAUAUUGUAGCUGAUAAAAACAUUAAACAAGUGACUUGUUAAUACAUACAUACUUUUUGGUGAAGUUUAAUAUUUAUUGAAUAAAUAAAUGUAAGGAUAUCCUUUACAAUAUAUAAUCUCCAUUCAAAGCCAUAUUCAAUCAUCUGUACGUAUCUGCUUCAAAACGUUUCAUGUUUGCCUUAUUAUUAAAUUACUCACACAUCCUCUUCCGUUUUAAACAAUAAAAUUUUGUCGACCAAU